UUCUACUCUUGGUUUUGCUUUCAGCUGCAGCUGAAUUCAGUAUGGCAUCAGAGAAGACCACAAAAAAGGAUGUGCUGAAGUCUGAGGAACAGCAGCAAGCGAGUGCUGUCAAUCGAGUAACCAGCUUGCCCUUGUUCAACUCUGCAUUUAACCUGGUCUCAUCUGCCUACAACUACACCAAGGAGACACAUCCUUGCCUCAGUGGUGUCUGCAGCGUGGCUGAGACCGUGGCUGCUGUUGCAGUAGGUAGCGUGGUUGGUGGGGCACAGCCCAUCCUGAACCAGCUUGAGCCCCAAAUUGCACUUGUAAAUGAAUAUGCCUGUAAAGGACUGGAUCAGCUGGAGGAGAACUUGCCUUUUCUUCAACAGCCAGCAGAUAAGGUAAUCUCAGACACCAAGCAGCUGGUUGCCACCAAAGUGACAUCUGCUAUGGAUGCUGCCUGCGAGGCAAAAGAAGCAAUGGCCAAUAAAGUGACUGAAGCUGUGGACCUCACUAAAAAUGUUGUUGGGGACAGUGUCAAGCUGACCAGGUCAGUGGUCACCUCCACUAUUAACAGUGCUGUGGAGGCUGCUCAUGGUGCCAAGGACCUUGUGGCCAACAAGGUGACCGAAGCAGUGGACCUCACUAAACACAUGGUGGAGGACAGCAUUGGACAGACCAAGUCUGCUGUAGCUUCUACUAUUGUCAAUGCUGUGGAGGCUGCCCAGGGUGCCAAGGACCUUGUGACCAACAAGGUGACUGAAGCAGUGGAGGCUGCCCAGGGUGCCAAGGACCUUGUGACCAACAAAGUGACUGAAGCAGUGGAGGCUGCCCAGGGUGCCAAGGACCUUGUGACCAACAAGGUGACAGAGGCAGUGGACUUCAGUAAACAUAUUGUGGAAGACAGUGUUGGACGGACCAAAUCUGCUGUUGCUUCCACUAUUGUCAAUGCUGUGGAGGCUGCCCAGGGUGCCAAGGACCUUGUGACCAACAAGGUGACUGAAGCAGUGGACCUCAGUAAACACAUGGUGGAGGACAGCAUUGGACAGACCAAGUCUGCUGUAGCUUCUACUAUUACUGCUGCUGUGGAGGCUGCCCAGGGUGCCAAGGACCUUGUGACCAACAAGGUGACUGAAGCCAUGGACCUAACCAAAGAGGCUGUUCAAGAUGGUGUUGAGAAGACCAAAUCAGUGGUCACUUCCACAGUCGGUACAGCUCUGGAUGCUGCAUAUGGCACCAUUACUAACAAAAUAAAUACAGCCCUGGAGCAGGGCAGAGAGGCUCUCCAGGAGGGUGUGGAAAUGACCAACUCAGUGGUGACCAACAGCAUAAGCAAAGCCAAGGCAGUGAGCCAAGCAGUGGGAGGUGGUGUGGAAGCUGUCCUGGGUAUAUCAGAAGACCUGGUGGAUCACUACCUCCCCAUGACAGAGGAGGAACUAGGUAAACUGGCCACCUCUGAGGGAUUUGGGAUGGCUUCUGUGGAGGAGCAGAGACAGAACAAGAGUUACUUUGUGCGCCUGGGUUCCCUGUCUAACAAAGUGCGGCGCCGAGCCUACCACCUCUCCCUGGCCAAACUGCAGCGUGUCAGGCAAAGCACCCAGGACACUCUCUCACGGCUCCAGCUCACAAUAAAACUGAUUGAAUCUGUGAAAGGGGAGAUUGGCCAGAAGCUUCUGGACGCGCAGGAGAAGCUCUAUCGGCUGUGGGUGGACUGGAGCCUGACCCAACCCAAAGGAAACCAAGUCAAAACUGCCUCCCAAGUAGAGGUAGAGUCACGGACUCUAGCUAUGCUGCAUAUCAUCACCCAGCAGCUACAACUUGUUUAUGAGAACCUGAAAGCCAGCAUCCAAGGCCUCCCCAGCAACAUCCAAGAAGCUGUGUAUCAGGCCACUCGAAACAUCCACAAGCUCCACAGAUCUUUUUCCAGUGCUGUGUCUUUCCAGGACCUCUCCAGCACCACCCUGACCCAGAGCCAGGACCGUGUGGCAGAAGCCCGGAGGUCCCUAGAUGAACUCUUUGAGUAUGUAACUCAGCACACUCCUCUAAACUGGGUUGUGGGGCCCUUCAGGGCAAUAGCUAAUGUGUCACAGGGGAGCAGAAAGCAGAAGAAGAAGGAUUUGGCAACUCCAAUAAAAUCACCUGUGCUGGAAAAGGCCACAUCACCAAAGGAGGGGGCAAAGACACCUGAAGAACCAAAGGGAGCACAUGAGAUCCUGGGGGAAGGGUGUGAGGUGCUAGAGAAGCUGGAAGAGAAGGCAGAGAAAGACACAGAGGUGGCACUGGCUGCAAAGGAGGUAAAAACUAAAGCACCAGAGGAGGAUCUCUGAACAAUUCCAGCUCUCCUGGCCAUGGCUCCCUGGCUAAAACACCACUUUUGUCUCUUUAGCAUGUGCCCAACUGCCAAUCGUGCCAGAAGUGCCUCCUGCUCCCUCACUGAGCUUACAGUAAGAUGUAGUCUGGAAGGAGACUCAAAGCAAAGUGGGGUGAUUCUGUAUCUUGAUCUGCUAUUCUUUGUAAAUCCUGCUGCUGCACUGAAAGGGAAGAUGGGGCCCUCCCUCUACUUUGGCUUCUUAAGUCAGCCCAGAUGUGUGCGAAUGGGGGUUUCUUGCUGAAACAAGCUGUGGGAGAGAAGCAGUGAUCUCAGCUGCAGGUUAAUGUUGGGUUUGGUUUUAAUUCAUCCAAGCUGCAGAGCUCUUGGGGAGGAUGUGCUUCACCUUGGAGAGUUUCCCUCCUCCUGCAAGUUUUAAACAUCCAUGUUACAGGUUAACUUCCUUUCUGCCUGUUGUGCUUCCAGCGAGGCUCAGCCCCAGAUUGGGGCAGAGGGGGGAAGAGGCUGCCUCAAAAAGGGGCUUCUCCUUAUGGAUCAAACACUUUCUUUCAUAGAGAAACACUGAGCAAGGUGGGAUUUUCUUUUAAGCAUGGCAAUUUGCAGGGGGAUUAUCUUGACUUCAGGGAUGAUCUGUUUGUGUGUGAGUAACGCCAUGCAGGACACGCUUUGCAGCCAUCGGGAAGCUGGUAACUGAGGCAGCUUUUGCCAGGAGUUACUCUGCACAGUGACAGGAUAUCCUACUAUUAAAAUAGGGCUGAUAAGUGCUGGGCAUUUUCCUAGCAAACAAUGCUUUGUCAUCAUUUUUAAUGUAACUUAUUUUGGUAACUCCUAUCCUGGCAUGGUCCCUAUGCCAAGGCUGGAAUAAUGGCAAGCAGGCGUCAGAAUAAAGCAUGACCUGUGUCUAAAGAAA